AUGUACGAGCAGUGCCGUUUCGGUCGUCAUGUGCCGUUCUUAAGAGAAGCGUUACGGGAUGGGCUGCUGCGUGUGCCAACACGCUAUCCAGCCACAAAUCCGGGUGAAUGUGAUAAUUUCUUGAAUCAAGUGGAACGUCACAUUGGUGACAACAAAUCGCUUAUCGGACGACUGAAGUAUUUUGAGAACGAAAUGGCUCGUAUACUGAUAAACAGCGAUGAUAUCUUCAACCGUGAUCGAUAUCGUGCUUUGGUUGCCGAAACUCAGGUGAUGAUGAUGGUGGUGGUGACGCAUAUAGAAACUGUUUUGUGUUUGCUCAUUAAGCAACUAUCGGAAACAGGAACCAUAGACGACAUCGCCACUGUGCAGUUUUUGCUGGAAAAAUGCUGUCACCUUAAUCAGUUACGAGUGCUUCUGUUGCUGAAAUACGGAAGCGGUUAUUUCCAUAGGCUUAAUUUAGACAGUUCAUUUAUUGCUAAAAAUGCCGUUUGUCUCAAGAUGCACGCGGUACCGUACAAUACAGUGCCAGGUGGAUAUCAUUGUGCAGGGUUUGCGGCACCAAACAGUGCUUCUGACCAGAUGCCGCCACCAUCGGCUCCCGGCAGCAUUAUCAACCCAUGUCAACCAGGUGGUACGCCGCAAGGUGAUUUUUACAACAUCGAUGUUUUGAAAAUGCCGCCACCAUCGGCUCCCGGCAGCAUUAUCAACCCAUGUCAGCCAGGUGGUACGCCGCAAGGUGAUUUUUACAACAUCGAUGUUUUGAAAGUGAUUUACUAUCGUUGA